CCGCACACUCCCUGUCCCUCGCCUACGUCGGAAGACCGGUGACGCACUCCAGCGCGCCCCACGCGCCACAGUCGACCUCGCCCCGAUGCCGCGCAUUGCUGCGAGAUAUGGGCGCUGGGCAGGUUACGCUGGACACCGGAAUUCGUGGGGCUGCCUUUGCCCGCCCUAGGCUGAACGGAUGUACCGUGUACGCUGUGCCGUGGGAUCUUCGAGCGGCUGCAAGAGGAUGUCCCACGCAUGGCGGUUGCAUGCGACCGGGAGUGGGUGCGCGAUCGAAUCAGUGCCCUUCUAUCGCCACCACUCGCCGCAGCGAUCCAGUCCGCGAUAUGUGAGUCCCAGGCUCUCUCGUGUGUCUCACGUUUUGUCAGAUGCGUCGCAUGCGAGCCAAUACAGGAAGCCUGAGGUUCUAGCCCCCGGAAAGUUCGCGUUCGACCGGUCGGACCCUAUGCCACCGCUCUCGCGGCGCAGUGGGGUCACUACGUACGGGCUGACGUUGCGCCAGCGCCGUUCGCUCAGAACGACGGCUCCGCGUGGACGGACUCAGAACACCCGUCGGACCGUGGACGAUGCCACACGAAACGGGCGAUACGGACCACCUCACAAAACGUCGCAGCGCUCGCUUUUGCUAAUCCUCCGCGCGGCACCUCGAAUGUGCGAAGCAAGGGACAGCCGAUCCUACUACCUGAUUGCGACCAGGCCGCCGCAGAGACGGCGAAUCCGUCCAGAAACAAGCGGACUCAAGCAGCUCACACGGACUCGACCGUGGGUGCACUUGAAUGUGCAAAGGAGUUGACGCUAGCAGCCUGGCUACUACGAGGACACUACAGAGACGGUUAGGGACCGAGCAGGCCUCAGUUAUUGUCCUGUUUCGUAUGUAGCUACUUCGCAUUUCAACAUAUCUCGC